GGAAGGCCUUCUUCUUCUUCUUCUUCUUCUCCUUCUUGUAAUCAUAGUGCAACUCAAGAAAGGAGGAUGAUAUUGUUGCUUUGCUGCUUCUUUUAAUGGCUCGCUCGUCGGAAAAAGGCGGUGCCGGAGACGGGCAACCCACAGAAAUGGAGAUGAUGAAGGAGAGGUUUGCAAAGCUGCUUCUUGGGGAGGAUAUGUCUGGUGGUGGAAAAGGAGUUUCUUCAGCACUAGCUCUCUCCAAUGCUAUUACUAAUCUUGCAGCUUCUGUUUUUGGGGAGCAAUGGAAAUUGGAGCCAAUGGCUGCUGAGAGGAAAGCAAGAUGGAGAAGAGAAGUGGAUUGGCUUUUAUCAGUCACUGAACACAUUGUAGAGUUUGUGGCUUCAAAUCAAGUAGGAAAAGAUGGAACAAACAUGGAGAUUAUGACUACUCAGCAAAGGAAAGAUCUGCACAUGAACAUUCCGGCUUUGCGAAAACUCGAUGCAAUGCUUAUUGUAAUUAAGCAACACUCUAUUAUUGAUUGA